AUGUCCCCACACGCUGACAAAAAUGCUACUACUGCCGUCCCCAAGCGGGAAUCAGCUCUAGGAAUCUCUGUGCUCAUCGUCGGUGGCGGUGUUGCAGGACUCAUGGCUGCACUUGAAAUGUGGAGGCAAGGGUUGGAUGUUCAGAUAAUCGAAAGAUCUACAUCUCGACUCACUGCUGGAGACGGUUUCUCAAUCUCCCACACGAUUAUACGUGCAUUCAAUAAAUGGCCUUAUCUAAGAAAGAAAAACCAAGAGAUCACAGGGCAUCCCUCGCUGGCAUGGCAUAAUCUCAAGGGCGAACGACUCAAUGGGCCAACAGAUAUGAUCUAUCCCUCCCCCAAAGUCGAUAACAGCAAGGAGGAUGCCGAUAAUGCAAACAUUAACAAAAACAAUAAGGAAGGCGAAGUGUCUUCAUCAUUAUAUCGCCACAGUCGCCCAAAAUUCCAUUUGAUGUUGGAAACACAGCUUGAGCAAAUCGGCUUGAAAGUCCAAUAUGGGAAGCGGGUAGUUAGAUACUUCGAAACCCCAGAGGACGAAAAAGCCGGUGUUGAGCUGGAAGAUGGGACCACCCUGAAGGCUGACUUGGUUGUAGCUGCGGAUGGCAUUGGAAGUCACUCGACUAAAAUUACCUUGGGUAAGGAGGUGCCUGCUCGGUCGACUGGGUUGUCUGUGUAUCGGGCCGCAUACCCUGUUGGAAUUAUAGAAUCAGAUCCCGAAAUCUUAGAAAAAAUCGACACUACGCCGGACGGAGAGUCCAUAGCACAGCUGUGGAUUGGUGAUUCUCUGCAAGGAGAUGCGAUCACUGCCCAUUUUGCACGAAACAAAGAUGAGAUCACAUGGGCGAUAACCCACAAAGUGUCGAAAGGAUCAUCCGAGUCGUGGUCCAAAACUGUCGUCCCGGAAGAUGUCUUCAAAGUCACCUCUACUAUAGAGGGCUGGCCAGAUUAUGCGAAUCGUGUUAUUGCCUUAACUCCGAAAGAUAAACUUCUCGAUUUCGAGCUAGUUUGGCGUGACCCACAACCUAUAUGGACAUCGUCUAGUGGUCGAGUUGUCCAAAUAGGCGACGCAGCACACACAUUUCUACCAACAGCGGGUAAUGGAGCGAGUCAGGGCUUAGAGGACGCAAUUUCACUUGCCAAAUGUUUGCGAAUUGCGGGGAAUAAGGAAAAUAUCACCGAAGCAACAAAAGUGCACAAUAAACUAAGAUACGAGCGUGUAGCAUGUCUUCAGAAACUUGGCAUCUGCAACCAAGCAACCCAAUAUGGCCAAAAGAGUAGCGGUUCUGGAGAAACCAAGUCCAAGCCAAAGUAUAUUCGUAUGCUAAUGGCUCCUUGGACUUGGAAGCAUGAUCCUGAGAACUAUGCCGAGGAAAAGUAUCACGACGCAUUGGCUGCAUUAAAAGAUGACCGUGUGCCUUUCCAGAAUACCAAUGUCCCACAUGGAUGUGUUCACAAGCCGUGGAAUUUCGAGUCCCUUCUAAAGUCUCUGGAAGAUGGAGCGGAGCCCGAUCUCGAAGGUGAUUGGGAAAGUUGA